AAUGGACACAAGAGUCAACAUCCAGCCUAGUCCAGGCGUAAUUGGUGAUUUUGCGCUGUACCUGGAUUAAUUGCUUGUCGGCUUUCCUUCCAAUUACGUGCUUUUUUACCUUAAUUCGACCUUGGCUGCUGAGUAAUGGGAAUAUCAUCAAGUUGGACCAUUACUUAGGUGAGGGGUCAAUAACCUAACCAUUAUAUAAACUACAUACGUGCUCUUUGAAACAAUAUUCAUUACCCACGACACAAUCAAGAAAACAAAAUGACUUCAGCAACAUCCUUCCGCGACCUCGUUGGUAUCCCGGCCUCCACGGCUAGCCCCUCUGAUAGCGUUCUCAUCAUCAUUGACGCGCAGAAUGAGUACGCUGAGGGACAGCUCAAAGUCACCAACGCUGCUGAGUCGCGCAAAGUCAUCGCUGGACUCCUGGAGAAAUACAGAGCCGCAAACGGAAGCAUUGUGCAUGUCGUCCAUGAUACACCAGAAGGCGCUCCCGUCUUUACCCCCGGUACCAAGCUCGCCGAGGAGUUUGAUGAGCUGAAGCCCAAGGAUGGCGAGGCUGUUAUCCACAAGAACUUCCCUGGUUCUUUCACCAAGACAGAUCUGCAGAGUGUUCUGGAUAAGACUGGAAAGAAGAAGGUUGUUCUCACAGGCUACAUGGCCCAUGUAUGCGUCUCGACUACUGCACGACAGGCUGAUGAGCUUGGCUUUGAUGUCAUCAUCCCUGAAGAUGCUGUAGGUGACCGAGAUAUCCCCGGUGUCGACGCCUCACAGUUGGUCAAGGUUGCACUGAGCGAGAUUGGUGAUGCUUUCGGAACCAUCAUCAAGAGCAGCAGCAUUGCUUAGAUUUAUCUAUAUGCAGAUGUGAUAUAAACUUUUACAAUCUAUUCAUUACACUUCAUU